GGAAAGGUAGUAUUGUAGUAAUGUACAUUAUGUUAAUUCCAUAAUGUAUAUAUGAUCAGUUUCCCUCUCGAACAGCUUCGUGCUCGAGAUCCUUUGAUUUUAUUCCCCUCCGUUUCCUUAGCUUCUUGGUCUCACACUCCAUUUCUUCACCCGUUUCUCUACGUCUCUCAUUUCUUCAAUCUGGGUUUCGCUGAUUGUGGUCUGAAUUUUGAGGGGGCAUUCGUUUUCUCAUGGUGUUCUACACUCCCAAGACUAUUUUGAUCAUUGGAGCGGCUGGAUUCAUCGCCUCCCAUGUCGCCAAUAGGCUAAUCCGGAUUACAAAGACCGUCGUUCUGGAAAAACUCGACUCCUGUUUGAAUCUCAAUCCGUCGAAAUCGUCUUCCAACUUCAAGUUUGUGAAGGGUGAUAUUGCCAGUGCUGACUUGGUGAACUACCUGCUCAUCACAGAGGGCAUUGACACUAUAAUGCACUUCGCUGCUCAGACCCAUGCCACAGGCGACAACUCGUUCGGAAACAGUUUCCAGCUCACUAAGGACAACAUUUACGGGACCCAUGUCCUUCUCGAAGCUUGCAAGAUGACUGAUCGGAUCAGGAGGUCCAUCCAUGUGAGCACUGAUGAAGUCUAUGGUCAGACCGAUGAGGAUGCCAUUGUCGGUAACCACGAGGCUUCCCAGCUUCUCCCUACGAAUCCUUACACUGCAACAAAAGCUGCAGCUUAAAUGCUCGUUAUGGCUUACGAUAGAUCAUACAGCCUACCUGUAAGGAAGUUGAUUCCGAAGUUCAUAUUGCUGGCUAUGACAGCGAAUCCACUUUCAAUCCAUGGAGAUGGAUCCAAUGUCCGGAGCUACGUUUACUGCGAGGAUGUUACUGAGGCGUUUGAGUGUAUUCUCCUCCACAAGGGGGAAGUCGGCCAUGCUUACAAUAUCGGGACAAAGAAGGAGAGGAGGGUGAUUGAUGUUGCCAAAGAUAUUUGCGAAAUCUUCAACAUGGACCCCGAGGCAAGCAUCAAAUUUGUUGAGAACAGACCUUUCAACGACCAGAGGUACUUCCUCGAUGAUCAGAAGCUUAAGAACUUGGGAUGGUCAGUGAGGACAACUUGGCAAAAAGGGCUGAAGAAGACAAUGGAAUGGUACACUCAGAACCCAGAUUGGUGAGUAGAUGUAUCUGGAGCAUUGUUUCCUCACCCAAGGAUGUUGAUGAUGCCCGGUGGCUGACAUUUUGAUGGGUCUGAGGAGAAUUCUGGAGCUUCCUCUGGUCAGACCCAUAUGGUGGUUCCGCAAAACCCGCCUCUGAAAUUCUUGGUUUACAGAAGGACUGAAUGGAUCGGGGGGCUGCUCGGGAAGUUGUGUGAGAAGCAAGGAAUAGCAUUUGAGUAUGGAAAAGGGCGGCUGGAGGAUCGAUUGUCCCUCUUGCAAGAUAUUCAGAGCGUUAAGCCAACUCAUGUAAUCAACAUUGCUGGUGUGACCGGGAGACCAAACGUUGACUGGUGCGAACUCCGAGCCAAUGUGGAUGGGACCUUGACUCUGGCUUAUGUCUGCAGAGAACACGGGCUGCUGAUGAUGAAUUUCGCCACAGGUUGUAUAUUCGAGUACAAUGAGAAUCAUCCGCUCGGUUCAGGCCUUGGCUUCAAAGAGGAAGAUACCCCUAACUUUAUCGAUUCUUACUACUCGAAAACCAAGCAAUGGUAAAAAAUUUCAUAGCACAAAACAUCUCUCUACUAGGGUGGGUCGUUUCGAGUUUCAGUUCGGUUCGAUGAUAUUGUAUUCGAUUGUGGUUCGAUUUUUAUUGAUAAAAAAAGUCGUUUUUCAA